AUGUCUGAGAAUUAUGGCCUGUAUCAGCAGCAGAUCUACGCCAAUGGCGCGUUGAACAAUGUCUUGCCCACCGUGACCACGGACCCCCGGCUUCUCGAGGAGCAGGCUCGCAAGGCCCUGGGCUCCCGGUCCUUCAACUAUGUGGCAGGUGGUGCUGGGGAGAAGGCAACGAUGGACAGCAAUCGCUUGGCGUUCCGUCAGUGGAAGUUACAGGAUACCAAGGAUGAUGAAGCCGGUCUGUCUAUCGCAUACGCAGUAUCCAUAAGAAUUGGUGAGCCGGAUAUUUCAGUCACCCUUUUUGGACAGAAAUAUCCUACUCCUCUCCUUAUGGCUCCCGUGGGGGUCCAGUCUCUCUUCCAUGACGACAAAGAGACUGGACUGGCAGAGGUGUGCGCUGAAGUCGGAGUACCCUAUAUCCUGAGUACGGCCAGUUCCAGCUCUAUCGAGGACGUUGCGGCCGCCAGUGGGAAUGGGAAGAGAUGGUAUCAGCUGUAUUGGCCGCAAGAUGACGAUGUGACACUGUCAUUGCUGAAAAGAGCCAAAGAGAAUGGCUAUGAAGUUCUUGUGGUCACUCUGGACACCUGGUCAUUGGCAUGGCGCCCAGCCGAUCUGGAUAAUGCAUACAUUCCCUUCAUCAAGGGUGUCGGAAAUCAGGUCGGUUUCUCAGACCCAGUGUUCCGGGCCAAGUUCGAGGAAAGCUCUGGCUGCAAGGUCGAGGAGGACAUUGUGGGCGCCUCCAGAGCGUGGAUAUCCGAUGUCUUCUCGGGGAAACCACACACAUGGGAACAGCUGGAGUUACUACGCAAGAACUGGGAUGGUCCCAUCGUCCUCAAGGGCAUUCAGCAUGUAGAGGACGCAAAGUUGGCUCUCAAAUACGGAUGCGAUGGCAUUGUUGUGUCGAACCAUGGAGGCCGGCAAGUGGACGGAGCCAUCGCCUCCCUGGAAGUUCUCCCUGAGAUUGUUGACGCCGUGGGAUCAAAAAUGACCGUUCUGUUUGACUCGGGCAUCCGCACGGGGGCGGACAUCGUCAAGGCCCUCGCCCUCGGAGCCAAGGCUGUGCUCGUCUCCAGACCGGUCAUUUACGGCCUCGCCAUUGACGGCAAGCAUGGGGCCAAGGCCGUGCUACAAGGUCUGCUGGCCGAUUUCUACCAGACCAUCGCUCUUGCUGGCAUUGGGACGAUCGCCAACUGUAACCGGGAAGUGGUACGCCGGGUGCAGUAUGGAGGCGAUGUGAAGGCCAUGAUGUAA